UCACUGUCACCACUCUUUAGAACACACAGUAAGGAUUGCUUCCCUGAAAACUUUGCCAUUCAGAUCAUUGGAAGACAUUGUGUGUGAAACAGCCUGCUAAAUAUACCUUAAACAUAACGUGUAACAUACAGUACAGCAGGCUGAGAAGGCAAAUAUGGGACUGGCACACUAGAACUCCUUUUCAUAAACCACUGAAAGACUCAAGACAAGGGAAUAAAAUAGACGUGACUCAUAGUCCACAAUAUAGGCAACUGAGUACCGACACACAUACAGUUUAUCAUCAAGUCAGACUUAAAUAGUACACGCUCCGUCUGUGAUGUCACUUCUUUUCCGACCUUCAUUACAUCACUUCCUGUCAGUCCGUCUCCUGGGAACUGCAACUCUCAGGAGGCUAAAUGGCGAGCAGCAUGCUGCUUCCCACUUCCCAGGGGGCAGUACCCCCCUGGCGGCCCUGAGCUUUGAGGAUCCCAGUGCGUUCCGUGUGAAGAGCUUUCGAGAGUUGAUACGAGCUCUGGGAGUGUUCAAAUUUUGCUCAUUCCCUAUGCUGGUCAACAACAGUGGAAAGCUUAUUUCUCUUACCCGCUCUCUCCUGGGUAAGAGAGGUUUCUCGCUGAUUCUCCGGCCCACAGUCUAUGCCCAGUUUGUUGCUGGGGAGACUGAAGGGGAGAUUGCUGUUGCCAUGGAGAAAAUGAGCUCAUUGGGACUGCGCCCUAUGCUGGCUGUCCCUAUUGAGGAGGACCUUGGAGAAAGCAUUGGGGAACAUCGCUACAAUGAAAACCUUGAGGCCAUGUUGGAAUGUGUGCGAUUAUCCUGUAGUAAUGCUUUGACUAAAGAUCCCAUGAUGCAGCUGAAGAUGACUGCACUAAUAAGCCCAGAGCUUUGUGUCAAGCUGACAUCCCUUCUUUCAGAACAACAGUAUGAUCUAGACCUUCUGGUCAGAGCAAUGGAUGGGGAGCUUAUCAGCUUCCCAGGUUUAACAGAGACUGAAAAUGCGCACUUUCUCUGUGGCCUCCAGAGACUAAACAAAGUGGGAGAGGCGAGUGUCAUGAAGGUCCGGGUUUUGGUUGAUGCAGAAUACACCUACAUGAACCCUGCCCUCUCCCUCGUAACCAUGGCAAUGAUGAAGAAGUUCAAUCAGAAAGAAGCCUGGAUCUGGAACACCUAUCAAUGUUACCUGAAGGAAUCAAGGUCUCUCUUGCUUGAUGGGAUCAAUCAUUCUGUCAAUCAGUCUUUCUGUCUGGGGGUGAAACUUGUGCGAGGGGCUUACAUGGACAAGGAAAGAAAACUGGCCAAUCAAGAGAGCAGGCCAGAUCCCAUUCACCAGUCAUGGGAGCACACCAAUGACAGUUAUAACGGCUCUCUGGACAUCAUGUUGGACCUGAUUUCCCAGCAUCCUCAGCGAUAUCGGCUCAUUGUGGCAACGCACAAUGAAGAGUCAGUCCGACAUGCAGCUUCACGGAUGGCAGAGUUGGGUUUAGACAAGAAAAGUGGCUCAGUGUGUUUUGGGCAGUUGCUGGGGAUGUGUGACCAUGUCUCGCUUACAUUGGGCCAGCAGGGUUACCCGAUAUACAAGUCUAUGCCGUACGGCUCAGUGGAUGACACGGUGCCUUACCUGGUGCGCCGAGCCCAGGAGAACCGGACAGUGCUGCAGGGCAUCCGCAAGGAGCGCGACCUUCUGAGGCUGGAGCUGAGGAGGAGGCUGAGGAUGCCACUGGGCAGGUAGAGGGAAGACCGCAGGGAAAGGAAGACAGACAUCAGGCUCACUCAAAACCCUUCUUUUUCUCCUCUGUUUUCUUUUCCUCGCUCCUGACCAGGACUUUCCAACCCAUUGAGUAGAAGUUAUGAGCUCCUAAUCUUUCCUUUGAGUGAGAAAACAUCAGCGCAUCCUUUGCGGGAGUAUUUUGUGGAGAGGUGGAUACCUGUGGAUCCACCUCUCCCCAUCUGUCAUGUCUGUAACUGACGUGGCUUUGAACUGAUUUUGGAAGGAGGGACAUUACAUUUUCCUAAUUCAUAUUUUCUCAUUUUCCCUGUCUACAUUUAUUUUUCUUGCCUCUUUUCCUAUCCUCUCCCGAUGUUGGGAAAUGUGGAAUAAAGGACUGGGAUAGUUUAGUUAAAAUAUAUUGUGAUCAUGGAAUAGAGACAGGGGUAAGAGUUGAAUUGGAACGAUUCCUUUCUCAUGUAAUUAUGCAAAUAUAAACAUGUGUUUUAAUCUCUAAACACUGUUGCCAUCAAUAUUUUACUUUCAGUGAAAAGAUGUACGUAUUUUGUAAUCAUAUCUACUAAUCUACUAAAUUAUAUUAUUAUUUCAUUUUUCUUUUUUAUCUGGUAAAUAAAACACAUCAAAAAUAAAAACCUA